AUGAUCAGGACAGUAAAACCAAAGAAUGCAAGAGCUAAAAGAGCGCUAGACAAAAAAGAACCCAAGCUUACAGAAAAUACCAAACAGGCUCUUUUUGUUACCGGUAAAAGCUCCUCUCAGGUUUUACACGAUGCCAUGGUGGACUUGAGCGCCUUGAAAAAGCCUGAUAUGAAGCGCUUCAACAAGAAAAAUGAAAUCCGCCCAUUCGAGGACGCUGAACCACUAGAGUUUUUCAGCGAGAAAAAUGAUACAUCUCUUUUGGUUUUGAGUACCAGUUCAAAGAAGCGGAAAAACAACCUUACUUUCGUUCGCACAUUCGGUCACAAAAUAUAUGACAUGAUUGAACUGCAGAUCGCUGAAAACUACAAAUUCCUUUCAGACUUUAAAAAACAAACAUUUGCCCUAGGACUAAAGCCAAUGUUUUCUUUUCAGGGUGCGGCAUUUGAUACUCACCCAGUGUACAAACAUGUUAAGUCUCUGUUUUUGGAUUUUUUUAGAGGAACUGUGAGUGACCUGCAAGACGUCGCUGGGCUUCAGCACGUCAUUUCUGUUACUGUUCAAGGAGACUUCGAGGAUGGUGAGCCCCUGCCUAAUGUUCUCUUCAGAGUGUACAAGUUGAAGACUUACAGAAGUGAACAAGGUGGGCCCAAGCUUCCUCGUGUUGAACUAGAAGAAGUUGGUCCUCGCUUCGAUUUCAAGAUCGGUAGAAUUCGCACGCCUUCUCCCGAAAUGGAAAAGGAAGCUCUCAAGAGGGCCAAGCAGCUGGAACCUAAGACUGUCAAAAAUAUCACAGCAGAUGGCAUGGGAGACAAGUUUGGUACAAUUCACAUGGGUAAGCAAGAUUUGGGCAAACUACAGACGCGGAAAAUGAAAGGUUUGAAGGCAAAGUUCGACCAGAACAACGUUGACUCUGAGACUGAAGAGUACCUUGAGGACGCAGAGGAGGGCAUCCAAAAUGGUGCAGAGGAAAGCUACGGCGAAGAUUUCGUCACUGCUACGGAUAUCGAUGUGGGCCCUCCAGCUAAGAGGAUGAAGAAAUAG